AUGCCGUACUACACGAAAGACAACGCUGACGUGGAUGACUACGACGAGUACGACCCGACACCGUACAGCGGAGGCUACGACAUCACCGUGACGUACGGCCGCCCACUCCCUCCCUCCGACGAGAAUUGUUACCCUCUCUCGUCUCUCUCCGGUGACGCCUUUGAGUACCAGAGGCCCGUGUUCUCUUCCAGCCACGAGCCUUCUGCUUAUGACGACCAGGCUCUCAACACUGAGUACAGUAGCUAUGCCAAGCCCAAAACCAAGCAUGGAUCGGGCAAGAAAGCGAUCCAAGACCACAAAGAAAACAGUGGCAAGGACUAUGAUGAUGAGAAGACUAAGACGAAGGAGAAGAAGAAGGAUAAGAAGAAAGAUGACGAUGAUUAUGAGAAGAAGAAGAAGGACAAGGACCAUCAUGAUGAUUAUGAUGAGAAAAAGAAGAAGAAAGAUCAUUAUGACAAUGAUGAUGAGAAAAAGAAGAAGAAAGACAAUCGCGAUGGUUAUGAUGAGAAGAAGAAAAAGAAGGACCAUCAUGACAGUGAUGAUGAGAAGAAUAAGAAGAAGAAGGAUCACUACAAGCACAACAAGGGACAUCGUGAAUACGAUGACUAA